GCGCACCGAGUUGGCAGUUGUUGGCAUCCCUUUGUUGACAACGUGAAGGUGCCACGUGAUUCCGGCGAGGCAAUACGCACACGGACCGAAGGGCGGAAUACGUACACUCGUACGCCCACACUUACACGCCAUUCACACGCGCGGACGACCCUCCCUUCGCUCGCUCUGUCCCUCGUCUCCCGCGGAGGAAUCUACUUGCCCCUUUCGCCAUGGCCGGGCUGGCGUGCAGGGCCUUCUUCAGAGCUGCUGUGGGGAGUCGUGGCGGCGUCCCUGUGCUGAGGCAAGGGGCGAGAGGACUGGCCGUUACUCAAGCCGUGUACAUGCCACCCCAUAGAAAGGACCCAAAAAAGAUGACGCCGGAGGACUGGCAGAGAGAAUUGACGCCCGAACAGUACGACGUUGCAAGAGAAGGAGGGACUGAACCGCCUUUCAGUGGAGCAUACUACAAUCACUUUGCAGUUGGAAUGUAUCAGUGUGUUUGCUGUGGUACAGAUUUGUUCAGUUCUAAGACAAAGUACGAGUCAGGCAGUGGCUGGCCCUCCUUUCACUCAGCCGAAGGCAAGUCUCUCGGAGAGGCUGCCACUGAAGUCGUAGAAACACGUACCGACACGUCUCACUUCAUGGUGCGAACAGAAGUCCUCUGCAGAAAGUGCGCAGCUCACCUGGGUCAUGUUUUCCCCGACGGGCCAGAACCAACUGGACUCCGCUACUGUAUCAACUCUGCCUCAUUGAAGUUUGUGCCAAAGAAGAUGAAAUAGGCUCAGUUGUCUACCAAUUUUGUUGUUGUUGCGGGAUUUGUGUUUAACCUUGUUACCUGUUAUGGAAGGGGUUAGUGUGUUUAGAUUGUGUAAUGGAGAUGGCACCCACAAAUUUGGCUUAUUCCUUCUAGCCCAGCUUAGAAAUUUGUUAUGAAAGGAAAAUAGACUGUAAGCUGUUUGUGCCAACAAAGUUUCACAUAGAAGUAGUGAUUAAAGUUUUCCAAAUAUAAAUUGAUAAUAAGAUCUCUACCCUAGAAGUUUUGUAUGUUUUCAGCUGUUACUUGCACAUACAAAUAAGUGCUUAUUAGGGCUGUCCUUAUUUGAUAUUGUUACUGGGAUUCCCUGUAAUAUUGUUCAUUUAGUGACUGAAAACCACAAGGAAUAUAAGCGAUGAAUAAUAGUAUUUAGUGUUUGCUUAAACAAAAUUUAGUUCAACAUUAUGAAACCCUACCAUGUCAUGCUACUUAGGUAGAUUCUGCUGGUCAAUCUAGGUAUUAUCUGUUAUCCUUCUAAAAGAGUGAUUUCUCAGGAAAGAAAAAUUGAUUGUUGCAGUUAGGGAAGUGGUAAUGAUGCAUAGGCCACACAAGCAAGGAAUUGGAGCUAUUCCUUGUCGUAGAUGUUACUACUGUUGAAUCCACAGUCAAUGCUCAAUACUAAAUUAUAUAAUUAUUGAGGUCCUGCUUGAUGAGGACUUGGAUGCCUUUCAAUCAGCCUAUGGAGGAACUGGUAUCAAAAUAAAGACUUUGACAUUACUCUGAAGACUCCAGGUCUAGAGCUUCAUAACACUUAGAAGUUGCACAAAGUUCUUGCUGCAAAUAGUAACAGGAAGACAGAUCCCAUUGUUGUACCCAGUUAUUUCUACAUUAUUUUCCAUCCCAGGGGAUAAUGAGUGGCCUGCUUGCCAUUAAUUUAAGGUUCAUGACUAACAUUUUUUGAUGCUCCAAUUUAUCAUGUUCUCUUGAAAAUCUAGUCUGAGCUUCUCAGCUCCUUCACCAAUGACAGCCACUGCCUGUUAGUCCACAUAUUCGAGCAGUCAUGCCUAGGCACUCAACUUCCUGUGUUGUGAAGCUUCUGAUAGCCUCAUUUGCAGACUUACUGCACACGAGAUGGUGUUGAAAAGACACAGCACUCACUAUUACCUAGCUACUAAACAGAUAUAUGUAUUAUAUAUAUAUAUAUAUAUAUAUAUAUAUAUAUAUAUUUAUAUUCAUAGUUGUUUAGAAUUUACAUGUUACUUGAAUUGGUUGAGCAGUCCCCCUUUUUUUUCCCCCCUUUCUUUUUUCAUAAAUGGGUCACUUUUGUCACAAAAGGAAGAGAGAGAAACCUAAUUGCACUUCAAAAGUUUAUAAAUAGGACCUCAGAAAUGUUUACAUAUGCACAAACAUACAUACAUGCAUAGAUACAUAAAUGGAAAAGGUAACUAUUUCGUUAUAAAACAAUGUAGAUAUUUCCCAGUACAAAUUUACAAAUUUCUAAUGUGUUUAAAGAAAGUUAUUUAUAAAAAAAAAAACUAUAAGUAUGAUUAUGAUUCCUUUUGUAAAGGAGAUAAUGGUCAUAGAAUGUGAAUAAAGGGAAUCUGUGAUAUUAACUAGAUUUUAACAGUACUGCAAUAUACAUGUUAAAAUUGCCAUUUGUACAAUGUAAAGACAUGUUCUCACAAAAGUCUAAGCAACCAAAUUGUUCAAUAUUAUGUUGAAAGCUAUAAUGAAAUUGUAAAUAUGUUUGUAAAGAAAAAUCUAAGGAAAAAAGAUUUUACAGUGUUCGUUAUGUGCAGUUGAGGAAGAUAUGACUGGUGAAUUAAGUGCAUGUAAAAAAAGAACUGCAGUUUGAUUAUUACGUAAAUUAUAUAUUCUUCAAUUCCUUUAAUUUUAGAAUCCUUAUGAGGAGGUUAAGUGAUUGACAAAUCUGUUUUCUGAAUUCCCCUGCUGAUUCAUACAGUAAGAUGCAUUGUGUCUUUUUGGAAUAUUGACUAAUAGGUUUAUUAUGGUUAAUAAUACAGAUACCUUUUCCAAGCUUUUUCCCCCCAGUUACAAAACAGGAUUUAUUUGUAACAUUUUAUUAUCAUCUGCUUUUUUCUUUUCUUUUUUUUUUUCUCCUCCUUCUUCUUUUAAGUGCAAGAAGUAAAUGAUUUUUCCCAGUAUCCAUUGUGUACAUAAAAAACAGUAAUAUUGGUUGUGAUAUUGUAAGAAAAUCUUGAAAUGGCCUUUCUGAUAAUUUCUCUGCUCAGUCGAUUUAUCUGCUUUCAUAGCAUGUUGACUCUACGUUGAAAAUGAGAUUCCUUAUACUGAUUUUCAUUCACAUCAAUAAUAAAUAAGUAUUUAUUAUUCCUUAUUUAUUUUUCAUCUGUUUUUCAGUAUUAACACACCAUCAAAUGACACUGCUUUAAAAAAUUUUACAUACAAAAUUAUGUGGUGCUUCUUGCCGCUAUGUUCCAUAAUUGACGCAGAUUUUUUAAAAUGGUAAACAUCCAUGUAAUUUCACACCAACAUAAGAGAUAGUUAUAAGUUGAGUCUAGAUAACUUAAAGUAUAAAAAAAGAUAACAUUACUAUACUGCUGAAAGGAUUUUUGCAAGAAGCGAAUAUUGUGUUUAGCUAUUUUGAUAAUGUUUUAAGUAUAUUUUCUUAUUAUUUAGUAUAUUUUAUUAUUAUUAUUAUUAUUGUUAUUAUUAUUAUUAUUAUUAUUAUUAAGAUCCUAAUUUUCCUUAUAAAGAGUUGGAAGAGAGCUAACUUCUGUCUCGAAGUCUUUCCAUUUAGCAAUAGUCUUGCAAGAAAGGUGCUUGUGUAUGUUUUGAAUUGCUGAGACAUCCCAUGGAUGUGUGUAAUAUGUCUAUGUACAUUCUUAUGUGAGAUUUUUUUGUUAUUUGUGUCAACAAUAAAUCAUCAUCUAGAAAA